AUGGGACUAGGCGGGGGCGAAGGCUGCACCCCGCGCCCCCCGAUCCGCCCCCAGCCCGCGUCCGAGCGCCGCGUGGUCACCGUGGUCUUCCUGGGACUCCUGCUCGACCUCCUGGCCUUCACGCUGCUGCUGCCGCUGCUGCCCGGGCUGCUGGAGGGCCACGGCCGCGCCCAGGAUCCCCUCUAUGGCUUAUGGCAGCGCGGGGUGGACUGGUUCGCCUCCGCCAUCGGGAUGCCAGCUGAGAAGCGGUACAACAGCGUCCUAUUUGGAGGUCUGGUGGGCUCCGGCUUCUCCGCCCUGCAGUUCCUCUCAGCCCCGCUCACGGGCGCCGCCUCUGACCGCCUGGGGAGGCGCCCACUGAUGCUGCUGUCCCUGGCGGGUCUGGUCAUCUCCUAUGCCGUGUGGGCCGCCUCGAGGAGCUUUGCUGCCUUCCUGGCCUCCAGAGUGAUCGGGGGCAUCAGCAAGGGGAAUGUGAGCCUGUCCACGGCCAUUGUCGCUGACCUGGGCUCGCCGGAGGCCCGCAGCCGAGGCAUGGCCGUCAUCGGGGUGGCCUUCUCGCUGGGCUUCACGCUGGGCCCUCUGCUGGGCGCCACCCUGCAGGUGGAGACGGCACCCUGGCUGGCACUGUUCUUCGCUGCUUCCGACCUGCUCUUCAUCUUCUGCUUCCUGCCGGAGACGCUGCCCCCAGAGCGGCGGGCGCCCUCCAUUACCCUGGGGUUCCGAGCCACUGUCGACUUGCUCAGCCCCCUGGCCCUGCUCCGCUUCUCGGCCGUGGCCCGUGGCCAGGAUCCACCAGCUGGAGACAGGCUCCACAGCCUGCGCCAGCUGGGCCUGGUCUAUUUCCUCUACCUCUUCCUGUUCUCGGGCCUGGAGUACACGCUCAGCUUCCUUGCCCACCAACGCUUCCAGUUCAACAGCCUGCAGCAGGGCAAGAUGUUCUUCUUCAUCGGCCUCACCAUGGCCACCAUCCAGGGCGCCUACGCCCGGCGCAUCCGCCCCGGCAGGGAACGCGCAGCAGUGAAGCGGGCCAUCCUGCUGCUGGUGCCCGCCUUCCUCCUCAUCGGCUGGGCGCACUCACUGCCCGUGCUGGGCCUCGGCCUGCUGCUCUACUCCUUUGCGGCUGCUGUCACGGUGCCCUGCCUGUCGUCCAUUGUCGCUGGCUAUGGCUCGGCAGGGCAGAAGGGCACCAUUAUGGGCACACUGCGGAGCCUGGGCGCCCUGGCACGGGCGGUGGGGCCUGUCGCCGCCGCCUCAGUAUACUGGCUGGCCGGGGCCCAGGCCUGCUUCACCGUGUGCGCCGGGCUCUUCCUGCUUCCCUUCCUGCUCCUGUGCCAUCUGAGGCCGCCGCCCCUCAAGGCCAAGUAG